CAUGAAAAUGGAAUUGUCCAUCGUGAUCUCAAACCAGAGAAUCUUCUCUAUGCAACUCCAGCCCCAGAUGCACCACUCAAAAUCGCUGAUUUUGGACUCUCCAAAAUUGUGGAACAUCAAGUGCUCAUGAAGACAGUAUGUGGAACCCCAGGGUAUUGCGCACCUGAAAUUCUUAGAGGCUGUGCCUACGGACCUGAGGUGGACAUGUGGUCUGUAGGAAUAAUCACCUACAUCUUACUUUGUGGAUUUGAACCAUUCUAUGAUGAACGAGGUGAUCAGUUCAUGUUCAGGAGAAUUCUGAAUUGUGAAUAUUACUUUAUCUCCCCCUGGUGGGAUGAAGUAUCUCUAAAUGCCAAGGACUUGGUCAGAAAAUUAAUUGUUUUGGAUCCAAAGAAAAGGCUGACUACCUUUCAAGCUCUCCAGCACCCGUGGGUCACGGGUAAAGCAGCCAAUUUUAUACACAUGGACACUGCUCAAAAGAAACUCCAAGAAUUCAAUGCUCGGCGCAAACUUAAGGCAGCAGUGAAGGCUGUGGUGGCCUCUUCCCGGCUGGGAAGUGCCAGCAGCAGCCAUGGCAGCAUCCAGGAGAGCCACAAGGCGAGCCAAGAUCCAUCUCCAAUCCAAGAUGGCAACGAGGACAUCAGUGCCCUUCCAGAAGGAGAGAAAAUUCAAGGAGAUGGGGCCCAAGCAGCAGUUAAGGGGGCAGAGGCUGAGCUGAUGAACAUACAGGCCUUAGAGGAAGCUAAAGAUGCAGAUAUAAAUGCUGAGGAGGGCCCUAAAAUGGUGCCCAAGGCACUGGAGGAUGGGAUAAAGGUGGUCAACCAGGAAAUAGAGGAGGGCCUAGGAGAGGAGAAGCUGAAGACUGUGGAGGAAGCGGCAGCACCCAGCGAAGGGCAAGGAAACCCUGCUGUGGGAUUUGGAGUUCCACAGCAAGAUGUGAUCCUGCCAGAGUACUAAGUUGGCUUCUUUCAGAUCUGGAAGCCAAAUCUCUGCAUUUUAUGUACUUGGUCCUUCAGCAAGAAAGAGAUCUACGCAGGGCAAGAUAGAAGCCUUGCCAUGAAAGUGAACCCUCUUACUCCUUCAAAGGAAUCAGACAUUGCUUUAGAGAAGACUCCAGGCAUCUGUCCUGGUUGAGCUCAAAUGAGCCAAGUAGGAAGAAACGUUUUUCCAUCCUCCAGGUGAAAGUUAUACAAUAUACUGAUAUAUUGUCGUUGUUCAGUCAUGGAAAAAUGAGAGUCUACCAAUUGUUUGCUCUUUCCCUGUCUUAGUUUGCUGCCCUUGUCCCAAAUCAAUGUUUUGGUUCAUCUCUGUGGCUAUUAGGCUAAUCUUCUAGGACUGAGAAGUCCUCUAACACACUGGCAGAAGCACCCCAGACUGUAGAAAUGUGGGUUCCUUGAUGACCCUGAAUUUAGUUUCAAACUCUAAACAACAAUGCUAAGGCUGCAAAAUCAUACUGUUCUUUUAAAUAGUGUUUUCAGCUCAUUUUGAAGAUUGACCUGGAAAACCCAUCGAUGUAGAAUAUUUAUGUUCAUUUAAUGUUUGCUGUGGUUCAUUGCAUCAAAAAUGACAGAAAUUAAUUUUCAGAUUAAUCUUUACCUUCCAUUUAAAAGGUUAUUUUGGGCUACUCAAAUACAAUCGAUUUUACAUUAGAAUUUCCAAAAGUUGUUGUUUUCCCUAAGUUCUCUCCCAACUCAAAUCAUCAGUUUGUAAAUGAUAAAAAUGUAAUAGGCUUGUCCUUUCUUUGUUCUUUUCUGUAGAGCAGUUCAUCUGUUUUGUAAAGGAUAUAAUUAUGUCUAUAAGUUGAGAACUAUCAUCUCUUACUGCCUCCUUUUAACAUGAUCUACUUUAUAUGUCUACAAGCCAAUUUAUAUAUAGUAGCAUAGAGUACAAAUUGAAUAUUAUAAUUUAUGGUGUUGUAAUUUUUCUCAUGGUACCUUAAGUUUCAGUAACAUAUUAAUGGUCCUCUGUAAGCCUAAAGAAUGUUCUCACAUGACCAUUUAUUAAGUAGUUAGUCCCAAACCAUGUAAUAGUAGCCCGUCAUUUCAUACCUGACAGAUGUUUCUGUGUUUCCCUCAAAUUUUUAAAAGGUCUUGUGAUUUGAGUGAGUGGGAAUAUCUAACUUGGGAUUUAAGUCAUUCCUUAUGCCCAGUGAUCCUAAAGGUAUAGGCAAGAGGGAUUAUUAUUAUUAUUAUUAAUAUUAUUUUGAGUUAGAG